AUGUACAAGUAUAUGAUGGAUGGAUUUCUAACAACACAUUCAUUUCGUUUUGAUCAUUCUUCCCCGCAGUCGACGCCUGUUAAUCUAAUUGCAUAUAAAAGUCGACUGUCUGAUAUUCCACUAUGGAACAAAACCUUCUCGGAAUCGUCUGAACAAUGUAUUAGUUCGUUAUCUUCCUCUGGUAUCUCUUCAAUGAUUUCCGAUUAUGAAGAUCUUGACGAAAUAUCAUCGACAUCCAGCUCAUCGAAAUUAAAUUGUUUACAUUUAUCAAAAAAAGGAUCACGACAACAUUUAACUUGUUCACAAACACAUUUAGUAGAGCAAAAACGACCAUCAAAAACAACAAAAAACUUUUUCAAAUUAAAUAAAUUAUAUCGGAAUCAGGCACGUAAUUCAAUGACAACAACAUCAUUACAAGCAAAUUCAAACGAAUGUUUUUAUGAUGAAUGUGAGGAUAAUUCAGAAAGUGUAGUUUAUGAAAGUGUAUGGAAUUUAGAAGAACAACAACAACAAUUUCGAAAAAAAUUAAGCGAUUUAUCAAAUAAUACAACUUCAUCGUUAUCAUCACUAAAAUCAUUUUCGGUUGAUUCCGAAGAUACUUUUCAGUCUUCUCAUUGUUCAUAUAUAACUACAAAUCAUAAUGUUGAUCCAAUGAUAAUUAAUCGUCAACCUGUCACACAAAGAUCAAAACGUAUUGAUGAUCGUGAAUUACUAUCAAAAGCACCAUGGUUUCAAGAAGGUUUAUCUCGUGAUAUAUGUGAAGAAUAUUUACGUUUAUUUGAACCGGGUGCAUUUGUUAUUAGAAAAAGUUAUACACAUAAUCAAUCAUAUGCAUUAUCAUUAAGAGUACCAUCAAUAGAAAAACCAUCGAUUGAACAUUAUUUAAUUGAAAAUAUAGACGAUGGAUAUCGAAUAAAGGGUACAACAAAAAUGUUUAAUAAUUUAAGUACAUUGGUUGUUCAUCAUACAAUUAUGCAAGAAAUUUUUCCGGUGACAUUAGAUAGUUCUUAUAUGAAAACAAAAAUAAACGAUAAUUGUUCUUCAAAACUUAUAUCUAAUUCGAAUAUAAAUAAAAGUCAAAUAAUUGUACCAAUACGAUCAGCAAGGGUUUGA